UGAUGACUAUGCAUGCUAGUUUGCUUCAGACAGUUCCAGAACCCGUUAGAACAAUGACAGCAACGCCUAUUCACCGAUCAGAGUACCUAAAACAACUUUACCUACUCACUCGUAUACAGAGAGAGAGGGAGAGGGAGAGAAAGAAGGAAUGGGUGGCAGCGAAGCAAGAACCGUAAGGCUUUUCUGCCCCUUGCUAGCCAAGACAGUCCCGUUCGUGGUGUGGGAAGAGCAGAGGCUGGACUUGGGAUCCAUAGCCACGACCUUUGGGCUCGACCCUGCAACCUUGAAGCUCAACAGUCACUUUAUAGGCAGAGGGAUUGAUCUUAUCGCCUCCUCAGUCACCUGGAACUCCCUUCUGUCUUUCUUCUCUGCCAGAGGCUUUCCCACCGGGAAGGACGACCAAGACGCGCUUGUCGUGGAUGGGAAGCUCGUCAAAGUUGGCACGAAGCGGCCUCAUGACCCUCAGGAUUCUGUUAAUGGAAGUUGCUAUGUAACUGAGUAUGAAGUUGAUGGUGGUAAUAGAAGGCCACAACCUGGAGAUCUCAACUUGGUAAAGAAUAAAAGGUUGAAAGAAAUAAGCUCAGGAGGUAAAGAUUUCCAUGGCCUUGGCUUUAAGAGAAAGCAGUUGUUCGAAGAUGUUAGGCUACUCAAGAAGUUGAAUAUAAGUGAAACUUACUCAGAUAUUGAAGGGAGAGAAAAUUACCUCCCCAAUGCCAUCACACACUGAAUUUGCAUGCAGUUACAUGAGUGAGAAUUUGAAGAGGAGGCGAGAAGAUGAGGCAUUUCUAGCCUCUCCUUGCAAGAGGAUUAGAUGAGGCUCCUUGUUUGUUUUCUCUGUUCUUUUUAUCUAUUUUGUUUUAGAUGAUGUCCAAAUUACCUAAUGUCAACUUGUAAAUGAUGUAGAGAUGAGGAUGAAAGGAUUGUAACUUUGUGAAAUCUUCUAAGUUUGCCUUUGCUACAGAUAUGGCAGGAAAAACAAAUUACACUGUUGUCUUCAUGCCCUCAUAGGAUCAUGAAAUUCAAUAUCUGUUAUACAGAAUAUGC